AUGGAGCCUAUUACUCCUGAACCACUGGUAGAACCAGCAGGCCCAGAUAUUGAUCAACCACCGCAAACUGAUGUGGUCCAAUCAACACAGCUAAAUGCGACGACUUUCACCGACAUAAAAGCAAACAAAAAAAGGUAUUUUGCUACAUCUGAGAAGCCCAGUAUAGAUCCAGCACAAGCAGCAAAGCGGUUUUCGUACUUGUUGGGUCUCACCGACUUAUUUCGUCAUUUUUUAACCGCAAAAGCUGAAAAAGAUGCCACCAUCAAGGUGAUCUUGGAAAACCAAAAUCACAAAUCUGGCGCCGCCCGUCAGCGCAGAUCGGAAAAAGAAGAAGACCAAGAAUUGCUCGAAGACGAGGAGUCUACAGAAGCCAUAACCGAGUUUGUAGACAGUCCUGCUUACGUUCAUGGAAAAUUGCGUGAGUAUCAAAUCCAGGGUUUGAAUUGGUUGGUUUCGCUACAUGAAAACAAUCUCUCUGGUAUUCUUGCCGACGAGAUGGGUCUUGGUAAAACGUUGCAAACGAUCUCCUUCUUGGGUUAUUUGCGUUACAUCAAAAAAAUCAAUGGCCCACACCUCGUGGUGGUUCCUAAAUCCACCUUGGACAAUUGGGCUCGAGAAUUUGCCCGCUGGACUCCCGAGGUCCAUGUUCUUCUUCUUCAAGGAGACAAGGAUACCCGUCACGAUCUCAUCCAAAACAGACUCUUGGAGUGCGAUUUUGACGUGGUUAUUUCGUCGUACGAAAUUGUCAUAAGGGAGAAGUCUGCAUUCCGAAAGUUUAACUGGCAGUAUAUUGUGAUCGACGAGGCCCAUAGAAUCAAGAACGAGGACUCGCUCUUGUCCCAAAUAGUUCGCAUGUUCCACUCCAAGAAUAGACUCCUCAUCACAGGAACACCAUUGCAGAACAAUCUUCAUGAAUUAUGGGCUCUCUUGAACUUUUUGUUGCCUGAUGUUUUCGGCGACAGCGACACUUUCGACGAGUGGUUUCAGAGCGACGAGGAAAAUCUUGUACAGCAAUUGCACAAGGUACUCAAACCAUUUUUGUUGAGAAGAAUCAAAUCGGAUGUCGAAAAGCUGUUGCUUCCCAAAAAGGAGCUAAAUAUCUACUGUGGAAUGACAGAUAUGCAACGGUCGUGGUACCAAAAAAUCUUGGAGAAAGAUAUAGAUGCCGUCAACGGAGCCAACAAAAAGGAGUCCAAGACCCGGUUAUUGAACAUUGUCAUGCAAUUGAGAAAGUGUUGCAACCAUCCAUACUUGUUUGAGGGUGCAGAACCCGGCCCUCCAUUCACCACAGAUGAGCAUUUGGUGUACAAUGCCGAGAAGAUGAAAAUUUUGGAUCAACUCUUGAAGAAAUUCCAAAGCGAAGGAUCCAGAGUGCUUAUCUUUUCUCAGAUGAGUCGUAUGUUGGAUAUUUUGGAAGACUACUGUGCAUUUAGAGAGUUCCAAUACUGCCGUAUUGACGGACAAACUGACCAUGCUGACAGAGUUAACGCAAUUGACGAGUACAACAAACCUGGGUCUGAAAAGUUUGUGUUCCUUUUGACUACAAGAGCAGGUGGUUUGGGGAUCAACUUGACGUCGGCCGAUAUUGUCAUCUUGUUCGAUUCCGACUGGAACCCACAGGCGGAUUUACAGGCCAUGGAUAGAGCCCAUAGAAUAGGCCAGACAAAACAAGUGAAAGUGUUCCGUUUCAUCACUGAAAAUGCAAUUGAAGAAAAGGUGUUGGAAAGAGCAGCUCAGAAAUUGCGGUUGGACCAAUUGGUUAUCCAGCAAGGAAGAAACAGCAAUAUUGGCCAGCAGAGUAACAAAGCAGCUUCGAAGGACGAAUUGCUCAACAUGAUUCAGCAUGGAGCAGCUGAUGUGUUUGCAGAAAAGACAAAGGACGAUGAUUUGGACAUUGACCAACUCUUGAAAGCUUCGGAGGAAAAGACUGCUGAGUUGAAUAAAAAGUAUGAAAAGCUCGAUUUGAAUGCGUUACAGAACUUUACCAACGAUGAAUCCGUCUAUGAAUGGAAUGGAUCUAAUUUCAAAAAGAAGGAAACGUCCACAAUUGCCAACAUUGGCCACGGAUGGAUCAACCCUGGAAAACGUGAGAGAAAGGAAAACUACUCAAUUGACAUGUAUUAUAAGGAUGUGUUGAAUACUGGUGGCCGCAGCACAAACAAAGGAGGACCAAGACCUCCCAAACAGCUUAAUAUCUACGACCACCAGUUCUAUCCGACUAAGCUUUUUGAGUUGUACGAACUUGAAAAGAAUUAUUUCAAGAAGCAAACCGGCUACAAAGUGCCAUUGAAGCAAGGAAGCCCCAAAACGUUGAACGAGCGUCAAUUGGAGCAAAAACUCGAGCAGGAAGAAAUUGAAAAUUCACGUCCACUUACAGACGAAGAAAAAAAAUUAAAAGAGAAAAUGUUGUCUGAAGGAUACGGGAACUGGAACCGUCGAGACUUUAUGCAUUUUAUUCUGAGUUCUAGUCGUUAUGGACGGAAUUCGAUUGGGUUAAUUGCCCGAGAAUUCGAGGACAAAACCAUCGAUGAGGUACGAGAGUACGCCAAGAAGUUUUGGACGUCCUACGAGGAAAUCGAAGGAUACGAGCGGUAUAUUAAUCAAAUCGAGACGGGAGAAGAUAAGAUUAUGAAAACCAAGCUCCAUAAGGAAUCGUUGCGUCGUAAAAUGGCACAAUACAAGUACCCACUUCAAGAAUUAACAUUGAAGUAUCCACCUGCUGCUACUAGCAAAAGAACAUUUUCCGACGAAGAAGAUCGGUUUUUGUUGGUGCAACUCUAUCGUUAUGGAGUGGACAGACCUGAUGUAUAUGAGAGAAUUCGAGAUGUGAUCAGAGAAUCUCCGAUGUUCCGACUUGAUUUUUUCUUCCAAUCCCGAAAUGCCAGUGAGCUUUCCAGACGAUGCGCAACUCUAUUAGCGUGUGUGUUGCGGGAAAUACAUCCUCUGAACGACCAUAAGCGCAGAAAGAAGUAG